UUUUCCUAAACCAACUGCCUUGGUGAAUGCCGCUCCUCCAUACGGUCACGUGGUCUGCAGUGAGAAAUGGAGGACUUCCUCUCUUCUUCGGGGCUUAAAGGAAGCUGGUUUGAAAAUCCUGUUUGAAAAUGAACUGGCUGUGGCCGAUUUCCUCCUUCCCAACAAAGUGUGCCUCCUGUACGUGUCUGAGGGGGACAUGGUGGCAGGAAACGGGUUCAGGAGGAAGCUGGUCCGCUACAGAAACGUAAGGGAAGUCCUUCAGCUGCAUGUUCUGCAGGGAACCUGUUCACCUGUGCUCUGCUCUCCGGCUGUUUUCCAGGCCAGCAGCAGCUUCCAGCAGCUAGUGUUGGCGGAGAGGACCAGGCUCAGUGAGCAGUACUUCUCCGCCCUGCAGAAGUUUGUGGUGUUGGACCUGGGUUUGUCUCUGCUGCCUGUCGGUGGGCAGACGGAGGCCUCUCAGCUCAUCACUCAGAUUGUUCAUGGGGAGGGCAGGGAGAACCCAUUCAGACGGAGGACUUCAUGCCGGCUGCUGGAUUCAAUCACUCUGGCUAUGGUCCAGCAGAUCCCCGGGGUCGGCAAGGUCAGAGCUGUGACUCUGAUGCAGAACUUUCCCAGCAUCCAAGAGAUCUCCAAUGCAUCCCCGGCUGAGUUAGAACCCUUGGUGGGCCAGGCCAGCGCCCAGCAGAUCCACAGCUUCUUCCAUGCUCACCUGACUCCUGGAAAUUAAGGACCAACGUGUCAUUUUCAGUGUUUCUUUGGGCUGCACCUAAACUGUGGCGCUUCCGUGCAGCUUCAUAUGAAGACUUUGAGAAGUGUUGUAGUUCUGGAGUCAGAUUUUAACUCCAGUCUUGGAAAGAAUGUGAACGGACUUCAUUGAAAACGACAGCUUGCCUUAUGUGACUGCCUGACAUCGCAUUUCUACGCCGAGACGUAUCGUUACUCAGCCGACAUUUGACUUUCUUUUUAAACACUGAACAAUGAAGUUUAUUCUGUGGAGAAGGG